AUGUUCGCCAAGGCUUUACUUUUCGUAUGCGCUCAGGCUGUUAUAAUGCAGUCAAUCUCCGGACAGUGCAUCGGCGCUGGCUGGGCCGAAGCUCCCUACCUCGGCUCUUGGGCAGGCGCUCCCUACGGCGCUGCCGGUUUCUGCGGCGCUGCACCCGCUUUCACCGGCGGCUCUCUCCCAGUGGCCAGCGCCUCCCCUAUCCCACCGAACGGAGUGUCCGUGCUGUCUGAGAAUGCUUACUGCGGAGAGCUCGCUGUCCGUGGCGCUCUGCCGUUCUUGGGAACUGUGGGACUAGAAGGUGCCAUGCCAUCUGCCGGCUCCGGCUCGGUCGCGUACGGCUGCGGCAACGGAGAGGUCGCCAUGCUGACUGAGGAUUAUGCAGCUGCUGGUAUCGCCGGCGCUGCCAUCGGUCCUUUCGGUUACGGCGGAUAUGGUUGCGGAUGUGGACGUUUUUACUAAGAAGAAGAACAAAGAUGUUUGAG